CCAUUUGUGAAUCUCUCACGGAGACAGAGGGAGGCUGAGAAACAGAAGAAAAUGGCCGAUCAACUCACAGAGGAGCAAAUCGCUGAGUUCAAAGAGGCUUUCUCGCUAUUUGACAAAGAUGGUGAUGGCACCAUUACAACCAAAGAGCUGGGCACUGUCAUGCGCUCUCUUGGCCAGAACCCUACAGAGGCGGAGCUGCAGGAUAUGAUCAAUGAGGUGGAUGCAGAUGGUAAUGGAACAAUAGAUUUCCCAGAGUUCCUGACAAUGAUGGCAAGGAAGAUGAAGGACACUGACAGUGAGGAGGAGAUCAGAGAAGCUUUCCGUGUCUUCGAUAAGGAUGGAAACGGAUAUAUCAGUGCUGCCGAGUUGCGCCAUGUGAUGACAAACUUGGGGGAGAAGCUAACAGAUGAGGAGGUGGAUGAAAUGAUUAGAGAAGCAGACAUUGAUGGAGAUGGUCAGGUCAAUUAUGAAGAAUUUGUACAGAUGAUGACAGCGAAGUGAAGGCCUUGUACAGAAUUUCUUGUAUAAAAUCUGCCUUUUCUUGUUUGUAAUUUCUGUAAAAUGUUUUAUUUUAAAUUUCUCCUAUCUUCUCCUGCUGUCCAAAGAAUCUGCAUGUAUACUACUUAAAGAUUUGAGUGCUCAUGCCUUCACAACUCCUAAUCAUUGUAAACAGUCUGUCAGAAGGAGCAGUUAUGGGACCAGGUGAAUUAGGCACAGAUACUGGCUACACACAGGCCCCUUUUCCUCCCUCUGUUGCUCUGUCUACUUGCCCACCUGAUGAGUGGCAACAUCAAGGGUCCAGCUGACUGAGAGACAUUAUUUUAACAUACAUUUUGGCAUGGUUCUUUUUUCCUCUCUCUUUUUGAUUUUAUGUGGAGGAGCAACUCUUGAGUGGACAAUGGACUGAAUAUAAAUAGAAAUGUGAAAGUCCUCAGCAUUGCACUAUUGCAACAUCAUUGAUUUAAAUACUAGCAGGUUUAUCACCGGGUAAUCAUACACUCUAAUCUUUUUGUAUUUGUUCUGUUCUUAUUAUGCUUUUUAAUUAGUCUCUUUUUCUUUUCUUUUUUUAACUGCUUAUGGCACAGCCAUGCCUCAGAAUCCAUUCCAAGUUGUAUAUUUGUUUUCCAAUAAAAUUAACAAUUUACCCAAAAACUGCAUUCCUCUGACUUCUUUCAAAUGA